AUCAACUCACAGCCAAUCCCCUAAAACCAAACCGUACUUAUUUCAAUAAUGAUACGUUUGAACCAAUCAGCUUAUGGUGGGCGUGGAGAGGUCCUCUCGCCGGCUAAAUUCAUUCCUCGUCGAGCACAAUCGUUCUAUUAUACUAGAAUGGCGACUGCUGUUUUCGGUCGUCAAUGUACAACAGGCAGUAAUACUGCAAAAUCACACAAAGAACACCUGYGAAAAGGUAAGGAUUCACGACGGAGACAGGCGGCUCUUUUGUUCCUCAACAACAUAUCUUUAGACGGAAGGCCUUUGUAUCAUCUCAGCAAUGGAAACCACGGUCAAAGGGAGGCCGCCGAGCUCCGAAAUCGAGACGCCACCGGGGCACAGGCGACUGGACACCCUCUUUUCUCAUCGAGUAUCUACGGAACCGUCUCCCUUGUGGCACCGUCCUUGGCCGGUGGCGCUGCUCCUACUGUGGCGGGGAUCAGUGGACUGAGCCCAGUCCCUCCUAAUUUGGGCAUGUCUACAGACACGGGCUCAAGUACUGCUGUGCGGUGUAGUGAGGUGUUUUUUGAGGGUGUUGACCCCAUGGUUCCACCAGAUACCCCUCUGUGCCCCACCUCUGGACCUCAGACAUUCAAUCCAAGUGCCAAAUCAUCAUUUGUGCUCCAGACUCAGAAUUCCGUUCCGGGAGAUACACAAAGAUCACGGAAUCAUUCGGGCUCUCCAAAACCUGCAAGGGUGGGCAAGAAGGUCCACUUUAUCAAGAAUAUGAGGCAGUACGACACAAGAGGAAGCAGGAUCAUGAUGAUUUGUGCCAAGCGGUCUCUAUGUGCUGCUUUCUCAGUGCUGCCCUAUGGAGAGCGUAUUCACCUCAGUGACCCAAAGUUGGAGGCGCACAAACUACAGCUGUCCUCUGGGGUGGCAUCUGACCUGUUCCCUGGCCUGGAGGGCCUGGGGGUGGAGCUGGGUGCAUAUGGAAAGACGGUAUCGUACGCCCAGUUCCUUUUCCCCACUAAUGCCCUGGUGAGACCGAAGAGCAGUGGAGCACUAGAGCCCAGCACAACACAGACACCCCUGUCCCGUUACCGAGGCAACGGCCAGAAGAACUACACCAACCCGUCUCGACUCAACAGCACCAUAGGACAGGACCCGAGUACGCUCCACUUCACUAGAAUACAGGUUACAUAUAUAGAAGACCUGGCAGACUAUGAUCCCUACCUACUCAGUGACCCUCAGUGGCCUUGCGGGAGACACAAGAGAGUUCUUAUAUUCUCAUCAUAUGUGACGACUGUUAUUGAGUAUGUGAAGCCGUCGGACCUGAARAAAGACAUGAAUGAGACGUUCAAGGAGAAAUUCCCCUAUAUUAAACUGACCCUCAGCAAGAUAAGAAGCCUGAAGUGGGAGAUACGCGCGGUGGGAGAGGAGUGCAGUUUGCAGCCGGUCACAGUGGCUAUGGCAUUUGUGUACUUUGAGAAACUGGUGCUGSAGGGCCGCCUGAACAAGCAGAAUAGGAAGUUGGUGUCUGCAGCCUGCGUCCUACUGGCAGCCAAGAUCAGCAGUGACCUGAAGAAGCAGGAGGUCCGACAGCUGAUUGACAAGCUGGAGGAGCGUUUUCGUAUAAACAGCCGGGAGUUGAUUCCAUUGGAAUUCCCUGUCCUGGUUGCCUUGGAAAUGGGGCUCUACCUCCCUGACAGCAAGGUCAUGCCGCACUACCGCAGGCUGGUGCAGCAGGGCUAAGCUGGAGCUUGGAGGUGGCCUGGAGAACUGGCCUGUGCCAGUUUUGAUAUUUAAGUCCUGAUGAUAUUGAUUGGAAAUGCUGAUCCUGAAUCAGCACCUUGAGAGAUGCACCUUCUGCCCUAGAAUCUGUUCAGGUGUAGCAGGCCAGCCCAGCCUACAUGCUCCUUAUAAAAAUACAUAUAACUGUUUAGGUACUCUAUUUAUUUGAUUGAAUGCAAUCCAAUAUCUUGAUAACUUGAUAUGAUAAUAUCUUGAUGAAGGAUUUUUAAGAAUAUUUUCUGCAAAGCUGUUGGACUGUUUUUUUUUGUUUUUUUCAUGUUUUGAUUCUUGUUGGGUCAGCUUGUACUGAACUUCUUUCUGGGUGGUAUAUGRCAUUCUGAUGUGAAUAUUUUUUUCAUAGAAGGGUUCAAAACCAUGUUUAUUUGUACAAACAGUACACCUUAAAUAUUUGCUAAGAAAUUGCUAAAAAACUGAGUGUAGGAUGGCAACCUGAUGGGGGUGUCUGUAAGAACACAGAGGACUUUUACUCUUCUCUAGUUUAUCUCUUUCAGUCCUAAAGGCAUUGGUGCUCGKAUGAGUCGCAAUGAUGGGUUACAUGUGAUCCGAUGACAGAUGUAGAUGGUUUUAGUUGUCAGUACACGCAUCUGUUUGUGUCCAUUGUACUGGUUUGGUUGCUUGUGAGAAGAGGGCUAACGACUGCAGGUGAGAGCACAGGUGGUUGUUAUGGAGGUUAUGCAUGCUGCUUGAUGGAGGUGUGUGGCGACUAAUGGGGGGCAGGCUAGGCCAUGGUGAGUUACAUUUUUUGUUGUUGAUUUCUAUAAUAAAAAAUGCUUUAUUGAA